AUGGCUAGAUACCCAAUAAUCGGUGCAGCGGGAAUUCCGUACCUUGCUAUGGUAAUUAGGGGCAUGUUCAAUGAUGUUCCAGUCCCAACAUAUCGACAAGAAAAGAUUGGGCGUAUGACCUGGUUACUUGCAGUGAUGAUUGUUAUGUAUUGCAUCUCAUAUCAUUUCCCAACGAGUAUCAAAUUUGAGUCAUGCUUUUUUGCCAUUAUCCUCAUUGAAGCCGUGAUUUUGAUGAAGCAACUCAAUUGGCCGGCAGAGGAUUUUACAUCAGGCCACUUGUUAUUUACCCUAGUAACGGGAGUUUGGUUUGCUAUCCUAGGUAUAGUAGGAACCCUUGAUCAUUGGCCCGGAUUAAUUCUAAGUCUUUUAUACUUCCCUGUAUGGAUCUAUGUCACACCCAUGCUUGAUGAUCGUCCUAGUGGUCUAGAACACCAAUAUCAUAGGAUCUGA